AAGCUGUCGCACCGACAGACUGCGUUUUAUUCCGGCUGAGUUGAAUCUCGUCGGCCCCCGUAGGCUGUGGGUCAAAAAAGUGCUGGUCAAAAUGGAAGUGAAUCCCCCCAAACAGGAGCACCUGCUCGCGCUGAAAGGUCUGAGGAGUUCAGCUAAGAAAUUUUCACUUCGUUAAGAGUAACUGGAUUACUACAGAAUGACUACCGAAGUAAUAUUACAUUAUCGACCAUAUGAGAGUGAUCCCACACAACUGCCAAAAAUUGCAGAAAAGGCAAUUCAGAACUUUACUACUCGUCCUCUAUCAAGAUUUAUUCCUUGGUUUCCACAUGAUGAAUCUAAGCUUCCUCUCAAACCUAAAAGAUCACCACCUGUGAUUUCUGACGAAGCAGCUGAAGAUGUGAAACAGUACUUAGCCAUUUCAGAACAUGAUGUUAAAUCCCAGAGUUAUGAUUGCACAGUAAAUCUAUUGGAGUUUCAACCUAGUUUGAAAAAGCAGCACUUAAUCUGUUCACACACAGCAAUUCACACACAGACUAACUCUGGAAAUCUGGAUAAACAAUCAGAAAAAGGAAAACAGUGCAAUAGGAGGUCUUGGAGUGUUUCCCUUCCAGGCAGUACUUACCCAAAAAAUGUUUUUCCUUUGUCUAAAAAGUUGCAAGAUAGUUUAAAGGCACUAAAUUUGCACUCACUUUGUAGAGCAAGAUGGAUAAUAGAAUACACUAUUUGUAACAACCACACUUUGGAGGACAUUUGGGCAAAACUCAAUCAAAUUAUCAGGCACAAUGAACUUCCAUCUUGUAAUGCUACAAUUCAAAGACAUUUAGGCCAAAUCUGGGUGUUCUGUGAUAUUAAAUACUGUGAAUAUGUGGGAAAUCUUCUUAAAAGAAGAUUAGCUCUUACUGGAAAAAUUAAUUUAUUUGUGCAUAAAUAUGGUGUUAUUUUUAAUAUGUAAUGAAUUCCACUGAUUUUCAAAAAGAAUAUUCUGAAUAAACUGAGUAAAGACUGAAAUAGUGAGAUGAAUAAA